GAAGUCAGGAAGCGCUGGCUGCACUUGGUUCCUCACCCUCCUGCCGCCGCUGGCCUGGGCUUGUUUAAAUACCUCGUGAGCCCUCGCCAAAGGACCAUGUUUUCCCUGACGCCCGUCUUGGUGGCCGUUGUCUGCAUUUUGAUUGUGUGGAUCUUUAAAAAUGCUGACAGAAACGUGGAGAAACAGGCCCGGGAGCCUCGAGCCAGGGCCGAGUCCCGCCCGUGGGUGGAUGAAGACUUACGGGACUGCACGGACCUCCACGAGGGGGAAGAAGAUGCUGAUGAAUGGCACCAAUCGGAAGAGACUGUGGACCACAUUCCUUUCUGCCCCACCCGGUAUUCCGAGGAAGAGAUGGUCAAGAGAUCCCAGGAGUUUUAUGCACUUCUCAAUCAGAGGCGGUCCGUGAGGUUCCUAAGUAACGAGCAAAUCCCAAUGGAAGUCAUUGAGAAUGUCAUCAGAGCAGCAGGAACCUCCCCAAGUGGCGCCCACACCGAGCCUUGGACCUUUGUGGUUGUGAAGGACCCAGAGGUGAAGCACAGGAUCCGGGAGAUCAUUGAGGAAGAGGAGGAGAUAAACUACACGAGGAGAAUGGGGAACCGAUGGGUGACUGAUGUGAAGAAACUGAGAACCAACUGGAUUAAAGAGUACUUGGACACAGCUCCUGUUUUGAUUCUCAUCUUCAAGCAGGUGCAUGGCUUUGUUGAAACCGGCAAAAAGAAAGUUCACUACUACAACGAGAUCAGUGUCUCCAUCUCGUGCGGCCUCCUCCUGGCUGCGCUGCAGAAUGCAGGCUUGGUGACGGUCACGACCACGCCUCUCAACUGUGGGCCUCGGCUGAGGGUGCUGCUGAGCCGCCCCACCAAUGAAAAGCUCCUGAUGCUGCUCCCUGUGGGCUACGCCAGCAAAGAGGCCACGGUGCCGGACCUCAGACGCAAACCUCUGGAGCAGAUCAUGGUGACCGUGUAGACAGGGGACCAGCCAAGGGAGGUGCCAGGCCCCAGACCCCUCUUGUCCAUGCCUGUUCCCCAGGGGUCACUAGCCCUUCUUUCUGUAGAGGUGGGUCUGGGCACUCCCUCUCAGUGGGGGCCACUCUGUGUGUCAAGAAACUGCCCACCCUCUCCCACCAUUCUGGCCUGACUGUCCUGUUUUGCGGAUUGGCCAUGUGGCCAGGUGAACCUAGAUGGGAGGAAAGGACCCAUGUCCUUUUCAGUAUCUCCCCCCUGCAGAAACAUGGGCACCCUCAACCCAGAACUCGCCCCACCUUUUAUAUGUCUGUUUUCUUCUUUCCCUGUAACGUUUUUAAAAUAGCUCCAUUUUCUCUUGCUUUUGUAAAAACUUCUACGGGAAAAUGUAAUGCAAUCCCAUGAUCUCAGUGCGGAAUCAAGUGGGCCUCUGCCUUCUGCUUUCUGGUGAUUUAGACAAAGAGCAUGCUAUUUACCCCACAAACCAAACCCACACCCACUGCCACGGAGUUGAUUCUGACUCACUGCAACUCUGCAGGGUAGGGUAGAAGGGCUCGGGAGUGGAAAGCUUCAUCUUUUCCCCUCAGAGCUGGCUGGUGGUUUCAAACCGCUGACCUGCACUUAGCACACCAAUGGGCCCCUAGAGACUGGAAAAUGCUACAACUUAUGGUGUUUUGUUGUUGGUAAAGAGAGCCUUUUUCUAAACAGCACCCAGGAGAUUCUAUCUCCACCCCACCCCUGCCCCCAAGCACACAGGUCUUUUCUCCAAACAGCACAGCUGUUUGGAGCAGGUGGGAUCACAAGGGCCCUGGCUGACAAAGCCUGGUCUAGUUUUUGCCCAUUGCAUCUGUCUUCCUUCCAGAAGGAUUCUACGCACACGCACGCGCACACUCACAUGUUGUUCCCUUAUGGAAAUCUCUCCUGUCCCACUUCAUUCCCCUGGAACCUCUGAGUCAGAGCCGGUGGCAGCAGCUGCAUCAGACCAAGGGAAGGGCUCCUGUGAGGUGCCGCAGGCCUGGUCUCGUGGGCACAGUGCCUUCAGCAUCGGAGACCCUCCCAAGUGCUCACAUGGCCCCUUUAAAUGCUCCCCAACCUCCCGUCUAGAACUUCAUUUUUCUCUAAACAAGCUCUCCCUAAGGCUACCCACUUUAAUAAACACCAGUUUCUUCUCAAA